AUGAAGAGAAAGAUAGAUUUGGUUGAAGAAGAACACGAGAGUGUACAUGAAGAAAGAGAAAGUUCUGGUGAUGAAAGUGAGGAUGUAGAACCAAGAAUAAAAGAUGUUUUGAGACAUCUUUCCCGAGCGGUAGCGGAAAAGAGUGCUUCUGAUUUGCUGCAUCGUAUGGCCGCGUCCAAAGAUAUUCUUUUCUGGACUCCCCGCGGACAAUUACUUCAAAAUACACGCAUUAUUCCCGUCACAAACAUCGCCUAGCUAGUUGAGUGUAUGUUAGUCCCUCAUAACAAUGAAGUUAACAAGCCUUGAGGGCUGAAUAAGUUUCUAGAUGGACUUGCAGAGUUAGGAAUCGAUAAAGGUUUAAUCAAGAACAAAAAGUUGUUAAGUGAUUUAAUAGAAAAGGAAAAAGGCUACCGAAAUACCGAAAAUACUUCCGAGAACGAGAGUAAUAAUGAGGGGAGUUCAUCGCAUAUUGAAAAUCAGGAGGAGGAA